AUGCUCCAUGUUUCUGGGUCUACGUCGAUUAGCUCCGGGCCUCGAGCCCUUCUACCGUAUCUAGGUGAUGCCGGAGGUGAUGGUGACGAAGAUGAUGGCGUUGGCGACUUCUUUUUGCGCCUUGAAGAACUACGGGAGGAGGACGCUCCACCGAAACUUCAUCUCCGUUUUGGAGGCAUUGAUGAAAAUGGCGUGAAAGGCAGCGGCGUUUUCCGAGAAUUAGUAGAAAAUUGUGAUGAGAUACGGCAGUUAAUAGAAUAUUAUUCCAAUAACAAAAAUCCUGCUGAUGCUGAAGAAAAUCUUCUGACAUGCUUAGCAGACUUGUUUUAG